ACCACCAUCAUAAGAUUUUACCGAAGAAGAGAGAAACGUUUGGCCCUCGAGUAAUACUUUUGCUUUUCCAUUAUAUAUAUUUUAUUUAUAUCGACAGUAUUUUUGCUCAUAGUGGCAUUUUUCGGAAAAGAUGAAUGAGGAUAUUUUGACCACUCUGAAAAUACUCAUCAUCGGAGAAAGUGGAGUGGGCAAAUCCAGUCUUCUUUUGAGAUUUACAGAUGAUACGUUUGAUCCAGAAAUCGGUGCAACAAUUGGUGUAGAUUUUAAGGUGAAAACCUUGGCUGUGGAUGGAAACAAAGCAAAGCUAGCAAUCUGGGAUACAGCAGGUCAGGAACGUUUUCGAACUUUAACACCGAGUUACUACAGAGGAGCUCAGGGUGUUAUCCUGGUGUAUGAUGUGACUAGGCGAGAGACGUUUGCUAAGCUGGAUAACUGGUUGAAUGAGCUGGACACGUACUGUACGAGAAAUGAUCUUGUCAAAAUGCUGGUGGGAAACAAAAUCGAUAAGGAGGACCGUGAGCUAGAGCGAGAAGAGGGUCUGAAGUUUGCGAGAAAACAUUCCAUGCUUUUCAUAGAGGCCAGUGCUAAGACGAGAGACGGUGUUCAGUGUGCAUUUGAAGAGCUGGUGGAGAAAAUCCUGCAGACUCCAGGCUUGUGGGAGAGCGUGCACAAAACAAGAGGAGUUGCCCUGUCUGAACUCUCUGAAACUGGUCAAGGAGGCUGUGGGGCGUAUUGCUCACUUCUCUAACACAAAAACUGCUGUUUAAACAGUGCAGGUUAGAUUAGUUAACACAUGUACGCAGGAUGCAUAAACCUUUUUGGCCUAUGUAUCUGUGCAAACACACAAGCAAGGUUCAAGAACACUUAUAUCUCCUGCUUAAAGCAUUAAUCAUUUAUCAGAUCCAGCACAUACAAAAUAAUGGCGAUCUUAAGACUUAGUGGGGACCAUUUCCAAAUUCUUAGCGAUGAAAUCUAUUGAAGGCAUGCUCAUCAUUCGUAUUCAGGAGUAGGAUAAAAAAGCUUGAUUAUACUUCAGAUCGGUUUGCUUCUCAGUUUGUGCAUUUCUCAUAGUGUUUUACUUUGUUUUGUCCCAGUGCCUGUGUUUCUUAUUUAGGGAGAGGUAAACACUCAUCAGUCUAACUCGACCUUUCAAUCUGCUGGAAUGAGACCUCAGUAGAACACAGAUUUCCAUCAACAUGCCCUCGCUUGAUGUCUGCAACGUGCGGAACUCCGUUCUUUCUUUAUCUGUCCAUCUCUGGAUCCCACUUUUUCCUACUGUCAAUCACUUGUUAACUCUCUUUCCUCUCUCUCGCGACAUGUAUCUGUCUUCAAUUCGCUUCUAUCAGUUCUGUUUCUCUUUCUCCACAUCCCUCUCUAAAGAAUAAUAGAGUUACCAAGGUUUUGGAUCGGUGUUCUACUGUUUUAUUGACUUGGGCCGCCCACAUAAAAACAUGUUUUUGAAAGGUUAUAAAUCAAAUAUAUUAGCACAAGGAAUCUCUGUUGUGCAUAUAAAUGAGGGUAAAAAUAGCAAGCAAUAGAUUAACAAGAAGGGUUAAUUUCUUUCUUUUGGGCAGGAACAUUUUCUUUCUGCAGACUCAUGGACAGUGUAACAAGUACUGUCGUCAAGACAUGUCUGUCCAUCUCAGAGAAAGGAAAAAACGUUUAAAAUCCUUAGAGUGAGUCAUCAGGGUGUGACAGUAGAUGGCAGGUUUUCACACACAGACAAAUGGAACAAAAGAACAAAUUUAGAAAUAAUAAAUGUUCAACAAAAAAAAUCUGACACUUAACUUGAAUAUUUCCAUUCUCCUGUUUUAAUCUGGACUAUUCGAUCUGGACUAUUUAGUCUGUUAUGUUUGUUUUAGAGAAAUAUCCAGGGGGUCCCAGAUGUUGGUCUCGUGUUCAUUCCUUAAAAACUGGGUGGUAAAGUCCUGUUGAGAGCCAACCUCAGUUACAGCAGUUUUAGAAAGUGUGUGGCACAUGUGGAAGGAAACGCUGGGUUUGUAUGUACACCCACAGAGUAUUUUCGUUUUGCGCAUUUAUGCAUUCCUUUUCACUUAUUUUGAAAAUUUAUUAGGCGAUUAUAAAUGUAUCGUAUACUUUUCAGUUGCAUGCAGUGAUGUCUUCUGUGCUUUUUAAUGGCAGUUAUAUCUAAUGGUGCAUGUUCUGAUUAUUCACUACAUGUCAAAAUCAUCCCGUAUUGCCAUUGAUCUGAGGACUUCAGCUAAUUUUAGUUUGAUCACAUUUAUCUAUUUGUAUGUAAGUUAUUGCUAUUGAGCACUAAAUCCAAUGAAUACACAAAAACGCAUUUACGCAUACUGUUAUUUGCUGUAUGUAAAUAUUUGCUGAUAAUGGUCAUAAAUACAUUGUAAUGUUGACGUUUGACUCUGCACUAUAAUGCUGCACUUGAAAUCAUAAUAUUGUCUUUGAAUACC